AUAUUGAAGGUUGUUAAGACAAGAAAGCCUCUUCCCCAAGGUGAUUAAUAGGAACUUGUUGCCCAAGGUGUUCAAUCAGUAUGCAAUUUCAACAUUUAAAGCAUUACAGACCUUGAAAGCUACUCAUGUUAAUGUUUAUUUAAUCUCCUCUUUCAGAUCGCAAACCUCAGACCCAUACCUCCAAAACACAUUUCUUGCAGCAAUGUCAGCAGCGAGAAAGGAAAAGAAGAAAAACAAAAAGCAGCCCACAUCAUCUAACACAGAAGCCAACAGUUCAAAACUAUGGCCAGAUCUUCCAAAGAAACUUAUCUACCUGAUAGAAAGGCAGCCUUCGCUAUGUCAAGCAAUCUUUUCCAGGGGCGUGACGAAGUCCUGGAAAAUAAAACCAAACAAGUGUAAUUCAAAUUCUACACUUCCAUGGCUUCAGCUCGCCAUUGAUGAUCAUGAAAUUGCUAAUAAUUAUAACAAGCAGCCUCACACCUUCAACAUCACGUUUAAAAGGGAUUGUAUAUGGUAUUGGUACCGCGAUUCGCGUCCGCCUGAGAAACUCCAUGUUCUUGGAUGCAGCCAUGGCAUAAUAGUGUCUAAACAAGUUCCAAAUUACUUCAAUCCAGCUCCGAAUUAUGUACUACGAGAUGCAACCGAUGAUGGAGGAUGGUAUUUACCAUUAUGGGAUAUCAAACACCCAUUAAUAUACACUUCUUCAUCUUCCAAGCCCAGUUACCAAAAUAAAUGCGUUGUGAUUGUUUUGACAGGCAUCACUAGUCCAGCUUUCGCUUUCUACAGAAUGUGGGGUGAAACAAGAGAAUGGAUGAAAAAGGAUAGCGCCAUUGUUGAUCCCCGUUGUUCUGACCCGAAUGGUAGAAGUAAUCUCUUGCGAUUUACCAAUGGCAUUUGGUUCAAGGAAAAGUUAUUCGCUUUGAGCUUGCAAGGAACUUUGGCAGUUAUAGAAGAAGACAUCGAUUCCGAUGUCAGAAUCACAACUUUGAGUAAGAAAAGAGCUGUUCCGUCUGUUUCGUCGAUGCAUUUUAGAGAAUGUUUGAUUGAAUCAGAAGGGAAGGUUUUGCUAGUCUUCCUCAUAUCCAGAAAUUCAAUUAAGAUAGUGGAUUAUGUGGAAGUUUACCAACUUAACACUACUAAACUUACAUGGAUUAAGAAAGAAAGUAUUGGGGAUGUAACAUUGUUUUUGGGUACUAAUUGUUGUAUGUCUGUCUCAGCAAGCAGAGUCGGAUGCAGGAGAAACUGUAUCUGCUUUACUAGCAAGAUUAAUGAUGGCUGGUGGAUAUAUGACAUGCAAACAGGCACCAUUUCUCAUGGUUGGAGCGAUUCCGCAAUCUGGAUUGAAGAAGCACUACUGGAAUAAUUAGUUUCUGUUGUAUAAAAAUAUGCAAGUAAAUACAUAUAACUUUUUUAUCUUUUCUUUAUUGAUCAUAUCAUGAAAAUUAGCAUGACAGGAUGUAAUAUACUGAAGGAUUAAUGUGGCUAAUUUUCCUCAAGAAUCUCUAUUACA